UGUGCGAUAAGUUUGGUCCUUUCCGGGGCUGCAACAACUUUGACAGCUUCUCCAAUUGGCGCGUGUCUCGCUUGCUCGCCUCUCUCACACUCAACUGCAGAGAGACCAUCUUUUUUUCGUCUCUCCUUCCCUCGCCGAUUGAACCUCGAAUGUGUUCGUCUUCUCCCCCCAAUUGCUUCGUUUCAUCGCAUUCGCAUCUUGACCCUCGUUGCCAUUGAGUGCGCGAGCCUUUCACACCCUCGAAAGGGACGACGAUUUUGACCUCGUCUCCUUGGGCACAGCGACCUUUCUUCCAAUUCAUCACCCAUCUAUCGUCUCCCUGAUCGCUACGCCCGCAUCUACCACCACCUCUACCCGCUCGCUUCCAUCGCCGCCGUCAUGGCCGAGGAAUCCAAAGGCAUCCUCGACAUGGGGGGACCGCAACCGCCGCAGUCCAUUGGCACCACCGCCGGCAAGCUCGUCUCCGGCCUCAUCGACAUCCUCAAGCCCGAGAUCCUCACACGUCGCAAGCAUUCCGGUGGUGUACGACGGACAAAAACCGCAUGGCUCGAUGGUCUUCGCGGUACGGCGGCCUUCUGUGUCGCUCUGAUGCAUUUGACCGUCUACACCCACGCCGGCAUCGAGCACUGUUACGGUGGUCAGACAUACUUCAACCAGUACAACACCAGCCCGCUCGCUCUGCCCUUCAUCCGAAUCCCCUUCACCGGAGGUCAUUUCGCCGUCACCGUCUUCUUCGUCAUUUCUGGAUACGUCGUUCCUCGCCGUCUGAUCUCCCUCAUCAACGAGGGCCGUCGGGAUGAAUUCAUCGACUCGGUUCAAUCCGCCAUCGUCCGCCGUCCCAUCCGUCUCUACGUGCCCGUCAUCCUCUCCACCGGAUGGUUGGUCAUCAUGUGGCACUUCUUCCGCGUCACCACCGCCUGGCCGACGGUGCAGCCGACCCUCCUCGGCGAGUUGAAGAUGUGGGUCGUGGACAACUUCAAAUUCAUCUACAUCCACCGCAUCGGUUGGUUGUUCACCUACUACAACGUGCACACCUGGACCAUCCCUGUCGAACUGCGCGGUUCCAUGUGGAUGUUCGUCUGGCUCUUCGCCUUCCACACCGUCGGCACGCGCUACCGAAUGCUGGCCACCCUCGGCCUCGUCAUCUACCUGGUCAUGGGCGCGCCCGCCGCUCAGUACGCCUGCUUCUUCGCCGGUAUGCUCCAGUCGGAGAUGGACAUGCUCGCCGAGAGCGGCGCCAACGUCCGCUUGCCCUGGGACCCGAUCACGAAAUUCAUGCGCGAGCGCCCGAAGUUCCGCAUGUUCGUCUACCACAUGCUCCUGCUCGGCGGUCUCUUCUUGGCCGGUCAACCCGCCUCCGAUCAACACGACCGACACGAACUGCUCGGAAACUGCCCGGGUUGGGGCCCGCUCCGUUGGUUCAUUCCUGCGGUCUACGACGAGCUCAACCAGUACCGAUGGUUCUGGCUUUUCUGGGGUUCAUGGAUGGUCCUGGUCUCCGUCAAGGAGAUCGCAUGGGCCAAGUGGAUCUUCGAGACCAACUUCUGUCAAUAUCUCGGCAAGCACUCCUUCGCCCUCUACCUCGUCCACGGCCCGACCAUCGGCGUCGUCGGCGAGCGCCUCUUCUACCUCACCGGCCUCAAGGAGCCCAUCACGCCCGAGACCAAGCUCAACUUCGGCCACUACACCAACGCGUGGAAGAACGCGCCCUGGUGGCCCUUCCCCGAGAAGGAAACCCCGGGCCUCGAGGGCGGCUUCUGGGUCUGCAUCAUCAUCUGCAUGCCCCUGUUCCUCUACCUGGCCGAGAUCGGCACCCGCUGCUUCGACGAGCCGAGCGUGAGGUUCUCGAGUUGGGUGUGGCGCAAGAUGAAGACGCUGAAAUAGAGGGAGAAAAUCAGGAGAGGAGAGGAAGGGUUUUGUCAGCAAAAAUCCCUCCUCUUGUUUUUGGGCUUGGCUUUUUGUUCUGAAGCAGCAGCAGCAGCAGCAGCAGCAGCAGCAGCAGUAGUAGCAGCGGAAUUCCCUUCCAAGGCGGAGGAGCAAAUGGAGAUGGUCGCAAGCACAGAACGCCAGCGCUCCAGAGCCCCCGGCACAACGAGCACGAUCGUUCCCUUCAGAAACGGUCUCCUCCAUCCUCCCUUGGGAUCAACUUCAAUUGGCCAUCAAUGGACCGAGCCCGUUUCGCAUUUGUCUGGCGUGCAAGCCACUGUAGAAACAGAAACAAGAGAGGCGAAGAGAAAGUAAGAAGGAAAGAAUCAUGGCAGCCAUUUUUUACUUUUUCCUCAAUUG